CUUAACUUUCUGUCCCAGUUCCUCCCAGCCCCUGGGCUUCCAAUAUUCUCUCCCUCCCUCACCUUUGACCUAGAAAUACUGUCCCCAUCUCUCUAUGUCUCUGUCUUCCCAUGUGACUGGGUCAUUCACUGGGCAGAUGUUUAUCUCAUGGCGCUUCCAUUCUGGUUUGAGCCUGAGGUAAAUAAGUCUGAAUUAAUGAGCCUCUCCUUCCCAGCUUCCAUUCCAGAAGUGUCUGUCUCCAUCUGUCUCCGUGUCUGUCAUUUUCAGGGUUUUCUUGUAUCCUUACCUUGCACAUUCUCAAUUCCACUGUUGUGGUCUCUUGUUUAUAUCUCUGCUUUUCUCUGGGUCUCUCUGACUCUGUAACUGUUAGAAAAUAAACGUAUCUUUCACUUUCCCCACUCUCUCCUCCCAGCUCUCUUAUUGCCUCAUCCAGCCUCUCUGGGUCUCUGCCUUGCUCUAUGUCUGGAUCUCUGGGCCUUUGUUACGCGUGUUAGAGUCUCUGUCUUUGCAGCUAAAGACCUCCUCCCUCACGCCCCUUUCUUUUGUGAAUUCAAUGGAUGGGACAGGCCCACUUUCCCUUAACAAAGAUGGCGACAACGGCGCUGUCUAUGGGGCCGCGACGUCGUCACCACUGCGCGUCUGCCCUCACCUACGAUGGCGGCCAGGCUCCCGAAGCGCGAGGCCCCGCCCAGUUCUCGGCCUCUCCCGCGGCCAGUCCCUGCGCCAAGCUCGCGAGCUGACUGGCUCCACCCCCUGAGCCCUCGUAUUGGUGCGGCCCAGGCCGGCUGCACGGCCAUUGGCUGAGCGGAUGCACACCCUCCCCCCCACCCCUAGGUCUGAUGGGGACUGUUGGUGCUGACUUGCGGGGCCGCCUGGAGGAGGACCCGGCGUGUGAGGAGGAGGCCGGAACAGGAGCUGACCAGGAGCUGGGGCCACAGGCCUAGGAGCACCCUGGUCAGGGCUAAGACCAUGGCCCCGCCCCCACCGCCACUGGCUGCCAGCACCCCGCUCCUCCAUGGCGAGUUUGGCUCCUACCCAGCCCGAGGCCCACGCUUUGCCCUCACCCUCACGUCGCAGGCCCUGCACAUACAGCGGCUGCGCCCCAAACCCGAAGCCAGGCCCCGGGGUGGCCUGGUCCCGUUGGCCGAGGUCUCAGGCUGCUGCACCCUGCGAAGCCGUAGCCCCUCAGACUCAGCAGCCUACUUCUGCAUCUACACCUACCCUCGGAGCCGGCGCGGGAGCCGGCGCAGAACCACCCGCACCUUCCGGACAGAUGGGGCUACCACCUACGAAGAGAACCGUGCCGAGGCCCAGCGCUGGGCCACCGCCCUCACCUGUCUGCUCCGAGGACUGCCGCUGCCCGGGGAUGGGGAGAUCACCCCUGACCUGCUACCUCGGCCGCCCAGGUUGCUCCUAUUGGUCAAUCCCUUUGGGGGGCGGGGCUUGGCCUGGCAGUGGUGUAAGAACUACGUGCUUCCCAUGAUUUCUGAAGCUGGGCUGUCCUUCAACCUCAUCCAGACAGAACGACAGAACCACGCUCGGGAGCUGGUCCAGGGGCUGAGCCUGAGUGAGUGGGAUGGCAUCGUCACGGUCUCGGGAGACGGGCUGCUCCAUGAGGUGCUGAACGGGCUCCUAGAUCGCCCUGACUGGGAGGAAGCUGUGAAGAUGCCUGUGGGCAUCCUCCCCUGUGGCUCGGGCAAUGCGCUGGCCGGAGCAGUGAACCAGCACGGGGGAUUUGAGCCAGCCCUGGGCCUCGACCUGCUGCUCAACUGCUCACUGUUGCUCUGCCGGGGUGGCGGCCACCCACUGGACCUGCUCUCCGUGACGCUGGCCUCGGGCUCCCGCUGUUUCUCCUUCCUGUCUGUGGCCUGGGGCUUCGUGUCAGAUGUGGAUAUCCAGAGCGAGCGCUUCAGGGCCUUGGGCAGUGCCCGCUUCACACUGGGCACGGUGCUGGGCCUCGCCACACUGCACACCUACCGCGGACGCCUCUCCUACCUCCCCGCCACUGUGGAACCCACCUCGCCCACCCCUGUCCAUAGCCUGCCCCGUGCUAAGUCAGAGCUGACCCUAACCCCAGACCCAGCCCCGCCCAUGGCCCACUCACCCCUGCAUCGUUCUGUGUCUGACCUGCCCCUGCCCCUGCCCCAACCUGCCCUGGCCUCCCCUGGCUCACCAGAACCCCUGCCCAUCCUGUCCCUCAACGGUGGGGGCCCAGAGCUGGCUGGGGACUGGGGUGGGGCUGGGGAUGCUCCACUGUCCCCGGACCCACUGCUGUCUUCACCUCCUGGCUCUCCCAAGACAGCUCUACACUCACCCGUCACUGAGGGGGCCCCCGUAAUUCCCCCAUCUUCUGGGCUCCCACCGCCCACCGCUGAUGCCCGGGUAGCGGCCUCCACCUGCGGCCUGCCUGACCACCUGCUGCCUCCGCUGGGCACCCCACUGCCCCCAGACUGGGUGACGCUGGAGGGGGACUUUGUGCUCAUGUUGGCCAUAUCGCCCAGCCACCUAGGCGCUGACCUGGUGGCAGCUCCGCACGCGCGCUUCGACGACGGCCUGGUGCACCUGUGCUGGGUGCGUAGCGGCAUCUCGCGGGCUGCGUUGCUACGCCUUUUCCUGGCCAUGGAGCGUGGUAGCCAGUUCAGCCUGGGCUGUCCGCAGCUGGGCUACGCCGCGGCCCGUGCCUUCCGCCUAGAGCCGCUCACGCCGCGCGGCGUGCUCACGGUGGACGGGGAGCAGGUGGAGUAUGGGCCGCUACAGGCACAGAUGCACCCUGGCCUCGGUACACUGCUCACCGGGCCUCCUGGCUGCCCAGGGCGGGAGCCCUGAAACUCAACAAGGUUGGAACCCGCCGGGGGCGGGGCCUACAUUCCAAUGGGGCGGAGCCUGAGCUAGGGGUGUGGCCUGGCUGCUAGAGUUGUGGUGGCAGCCCGCAAGUGCAAGGGCCCUGGCCCCGUCUCAGGAUUGCGCCCGCCUUCAUGGGACCAGACGUGAUGCUGGAGAGUGGGCGUCGUCACGAGGGUAGUGCCUGAUCAAUGAGGGCGGGGCCUGGCGUCUGAUCUUGGGACGCCCUUAAGGGGCAGGGCUUAGUCCUGAAGCUAGCCACCUGCUCCUACCCGGCCAGGCUGGCUGAGGGCGGAGCCUGUUUUACGCGUCGCCCAAUGACAGGACCUGGAAUGUACUGGCUGGGGUAGGCCUCAGUGAUUCGGCCCUUCAGGGCCCGCAGCCUCGCCCCAUCCACUCCGGUGCCUCCAUUUAGCUGGCCAAUCAGCCCAGGAGGGGCAGGUUCCCCGGGGCCGGCGCUAGGAUUUGCACUAAUAUUCCUCCCCCCGCGGGUGGGGGCGGGGAAAUUCAUAUCCCCUGUUCGUCUCAUGCGCGUCCUCCGUCCCCAAUCUAAAAAGCAAUUGAAAAGGUCUAUGCAAUAAAGGCAGUCGCUUCCUUCCUCUCA